UCCUCCUCCUCCUGCUCCUCCUGCUGCUGCUGCUGCUGCUGCUGCUGCUGCUGCUGGCCCAUUAUCAGCCUCCAGCCCACCUUGACAGCCCAGCACCGGCCGGCCAGCCUCCCGGUCCGCAUCGCGUCCUGGAGGGGAAUGGAGGCGUGGGGGCACCACCCAGCCCGCUAGCGGACUACCCCAGAUCUCCCUAGCGAGCGGCGCGAGCCCCCCGGGCCACAGCUCCCGGGACCAUGGUCUCCUGGAUGAUCUCGCGGAUAGUCGUCCUCGCCUUUGGGACGCUCUACCCGGCCUACUCCUCGUACAAGGCGGUCAAAACGAAGAAUGUGAAGGAAUACGUGAAAUGGAUGAUGUACUGGAUCGUGUUUGCGCUGUUCACCACAGCGGAGACGGCCACCGACCUGCUCCUGUCAUGGUUUCCGUUUUACUUUGAGCUGAAGAUCGCCUUUGUGAUCUGGCUCCUGUCUCCAUACACCAAGGGCUCCAGUGUCCUCUACCGCAAGUUUGUCCACCCGACGCUGUCCAACAAAGAGAAGGAGAUCGAUGAGUACAUAGCGCAGGCCAAAGACAGGAGUUAUGACACCAUGAUGAGGUUUGGGAAGAGGGGUCUCAACUUGGCUGCUACUGCUGCCGUCACCGCCGCCGCCAAGGGCCAGGGCGUGCUCUCUGACAAGCUACGGAGUUUCAGCAUGCAGGACCUGACCCUCAUCAACGCGGAGGACGAGCUGUCUCUACACACCUCAGACGCCCGCAUGAGACGGGACGCCAUGGACGACCUGAGCUCGGGGUCCAGCACGCUCCCCCGGGCCAAGAGCGCCGCCGCACGGCAGACCCGCUCCAUGUCCGCUGUGGACGACACGUCAUCCCAACACGGAUCGGACCAAUCGGACACCAGGACCGACCAUUCUGAUGAAGAUGCAGGAGACAAAGCCCCCAAACGUAGUGCCAGCGUCAGGGCGACCAAGAAACCUGCUGCUGCUAAGACCGAGACACAAACCAAGACGGUGAAGAAGCCGACCAAGAAAAAGGUCCCGCCUGCUAAUGCAGAGACGCCACCGUGAGGCCUUCACCGGGCCGCGCCUCCUCCACGCGCCCUGCAGGCCGCAGUCAGGGAUGUUUUAGUCUAAUAAGGGUUAAUGAGAAAUCCAUCAAUGCUCAUUUGUCCUCUAACCCCCGAGACACCCACACAAUGUGGCAGUUUUCAAUUUGCUGACAUUGGGAGUCUCUAUUUAAGCUGUUUUUAAUUGAAGUAUGUCUAUUACAUUCUUCACUAUUGGUUGUAGAUUCCAGUAUUUCCAUCUAUUUGUCCUCCAGGUUGCUCCUGCGUGGUUCUGUUUAACAAAAAAAGGAUGAUGCAAAUGUCAUUCUUUUGCUUUGUGCAUGCUACGCGUCUGGGUUCACAUGCAGAGCACGGACAUCACCAGUUGGCUUUAAGUUUAUUGUGCCUGAAGUUUUUCUUUUCACUGAGGAGUAAGAAGGGGGGGGGGGGGUCUGAAAU